AUUCUCCUAUCUCUCCGAUCCAGGAGUCCAGGACUACUGCUCCGAUCCCUAUAAUUUUGAGGGCGUGCAAAAGAGAACCCAAUAAGCUAAGAGCACACUGCACAAAAGCAAAGUAGUUUGCAUUGAGUUCUAUAUAUAUAUAUCAGUAGUAACUGACCACUUAACUACUAGAUCGAGCAAUGGCUGCUGCACUUGCACACAUCUUCUCUUUCUCCUCCGUGGAGCCUCUUCUCCCUCCUGCUUCGCCGGCGGCGGGGAACGGCCGGCGACGAUGCCGCCCCCGUGGUGCUUGCAUCCGCUCCUCGCUGGCGCCCAAAACGCAGCUGCCCACUGACUUUGACCUCCAGCACGAGGGCCUGAAGAACAUACAAAAGAUUCUUCAGCAACGUCGGGAGAGCAGCCCGGAGAUGAUGAACACCAUCGACAACCUCAAGCGCCUCUGCAUCGACCAUUACUUCGAGGAAGAGAUCGAGAGCGCCAUGGCCGUGGUCAAGGAUCUCGUCCACAGCGACGACCUCCUCGAUGCAACCCUAUCAUUCAGGUUGCUGAGAGAGACCGGACAUGAUGUUUCAGCAGAUGACGUGCUUCGGAGGUUCACCGACUGCAACGGCGACUUCACCCUAGCUCUCAGCAAGGACGUCAGGGGGCUCCUGAGCCUGCAUGACAUGGCACACCUGGACAUGGGAGUUGAAACAUCACUGCACAAGGCAAAGGAGUUCUCAACCAAGCACCUCGCAUCUGCCAUCAGGUACCUGGAGCCAGGCCCUGCAAGGUACGUGAGGCAGUCCCUGGACCACCCCUACCACCUGAACCUGAUGCAGUACAAGGCCAGGCACCACCUUAGAUACCUCCAGAGCCUGCCCACCAGAAACAUUGCAAUGGAGGAGUUGGCAAUUGCAGAGUUCCAGCUCAACAAACUGCAGCAUCAGCAAGAAAUGCAAGAGAUUAAAAGAUGGUGGAUGGGGCUAGGAUUGGCUCAAGAAAUACCGGUGGCCCGGGACCAGGUGCUCAAGUGGUACAUGUGGCCCAUGGCAGUCCUGCAGGGAUCUUCCUUCUCCAGAUACCGGAUUGAGAUCACAAAGAUAAUCUCCCUUGUCUAUGUUGUGGAUGACAUAUUUGAUCUUGUUGGCACACUAGAGGAGCUAUCCCUCCUCACCAAGGCAGUCAAAAUGUGGAAUACUGCAGCUCCUGAUUCACUCCCCAGUUGCAUGAGAUCUUGCUACAACGCUCUCUACACCAUUACAAAUGAGAUCGCAGACAUGGCCGAAAAGGAGCAUGGAUUCAACCCUGUCAAUCAUCUCAGGGAAGAAUGGGAAGUGCUGUUUGAUGGAUUCAUGGUUGAGUCAAAGUGGCUGGCAACCGGUCAGGCUCCUGCCGCAGAGGACUAUCUGAGAAAUGGUGUUGUCACUUCCGGAGUGCCGCUUAUAUUUGCGCACGUAUUCUACCUUCUAGGGCAACAUCAUGUAACAAGUACUAAUGAGGAUGCUGCAAAGCUCAGUGAUCACGCCCCUCCUGCCAUCUUUUGCGUGGCCAAGAUCCUCAGACUUUGGGAUGACUUGGGUAGUGCCAAGGAUGAAGCACAGGAAGGAUUGGAUGGAUCCUACAGGGACUUGUACUUGAUGGAGAACCCUAGCUGCACCCCAGCCGACGCCGAAGAACACAUGCGGAGGCUGAUCAAGAGGGAGUGGGAGGAGCUCAACAGGGAGUGCUUCUCCAGGAGGACCUUCUCCACCAGCUUCGCACGAGCCUGCUUCAACGCCGCCAGGAUGGUCGGCGUCAUGUACUCGUACGACAAGGAGCAGAGGCUCCCAGUCCUGGAGGACUACAUGAGGAUGCUGCUGCUUUGAAACUUUUGUUUGCUCCUUCUCCAUGAGAACCCAUGCAUGUGACAUCAUGCAUGCGUGAUUUAUCUGCUCCUUAGUUUUCACCAGCAAUGUACUUACUGCUUAAUAGAAAUCACGUAAUUAUAUGGGUGAGGAAGUGAUGGUACGCUUAGGGUCAUUGUAUAUAUUUGCUUUCUUUUUUAUAGACUUUUUUGGGG